AUGCUAGGAUCUCUGUCUCUCGUUGUUGCCCUACCCUUGCUUCCAGCAGUAAAUGCUCUCGGCAAACUCCCAGCUUUAGGCUGGAACUCUUGGAACGCAUUUGGCUGCGAUAUAAAUUCCACCAAGAUUAUCACGGCUGCGAAUGAGAUGGUCAACCUUGGUCUCCAGGACCAGGGAUAUGAAUACGUGAAUAUCGAUGACUGCUGGAGCAUCAAAGAUGCUCGCAAUACAACCGACCAUCGUAUCAUUCCUGAUCCAUCCAAGUUCCCAGAUGGGAUCUCUGGUGUUGCAGACCAAGUUCAUAAGCUGGGCUUGAAGAUUGGGAUUUACAGCAGUGCUGGCGAAACCACUUGCGCUGGAUACCCAGCUAGUUUGGGCUAUGAAUCCGUCGAUGCGCUGUCAUUUGCAGAAUGGGGAAUCGAUUAUCUCAAAUACGACAACUGUGGUGUCCCCUCCAACUGGACAGACACUUAUACAGACUGUGUCCCCGAUGGCGACGGUGUUUUCCCCAAUGGCACCUGUCCUGAUCUUGAUAAUCCUGCACCGGAGGGAUACGACUGGACCAAGUCUAAUACAUAUACUCGAUACGCGACGAUGCGUGAUGCACUGUUAAAUGUGGACCGGACGAUCUUUUAUUCGCUUUGUGACUGGGGCCAGGCUGAUGUGAAUUCCUGGGGUAAUCAGACUGGGAAUUCGUGGCGGAUGUCUGGGGAUAUCACUGCGGAGUGGGAUCGGAUUUCCGAGAUUGCCAAUGAAAACAGUUUUCUGAUGAACCAUGUCAACUUCUGGGGUCAUCCUGAUCCUGAUAUGUUGGAGGUUGGGAAUGGCAACCUCACUCUGGCGGAAAAUAGGGCUCACUUUGCCCUCUGGGUGGUUAUGAAGUCUCCUCUGAUUAUUGGAACGGCGCUUGACUCGAUUAGUGACGAGCACUUGGCUAUUCUGAAGAAUCAGUAUUUACUGGACUUCCACCAGGAUCCAAUUGUUGGAAGUCCGGCACAUCCAUAUCAAUGGGGUUACAAUCCUGACUGGACCUUCGAUCCUGCUCAUCCUGCCGAGUAUUGGUCUGGAGCUUCGUCUACUCUUGAAGGCACUCUGGUUUUGAUGCUUAACUCGGAGAACAAGACCUCCACUCGGACUGCGAUUUGGAAUGAGGUUCCCGAGCUGAAGGGUCAUGACGCAUACCGAGUGAUCGAUGCUUGGACGGGUGCAGAUUUGGGGUGCGUGAAGAAGCAGUACAGGACUUCUUUGCAGACUCAUGAUGUGGCAGUGUUGGUGAUCAAGGGGCGUUGUUAG